UCAUUUACGAUUCAGUAGCCAUUUUUUUUAACAAUUAUGACUGAUAAACGAGACAGGGUGGACAAGUUAUCAAAUACACUGCAAUGUUAGCUUGUGGGAACUACAAUGGUGUUAUUGGUUUUGCUAAAGCAAAGGCUCCUGCAGUUCCGCUUGCUCUUCACAAGGCAUAUGAGAAGUGCUUUCAGAAUCUGCACUAUGUAGAGCGGCAUGAGGAUCAUACAAUUGCACAUGCAAUUCAGACAUCGUAUAAAAAGACUAAGGUGUAUCUUUGGCCAGCUCCUACACAAUCAGAGAUGAAGGCAGGCAAAACUGUGGAGUUGAUUCUUAACUUAGCUGGUUACAAGAAUGUGAAAUCAAAGGUUGUUGGUUCAAGGAAUCCCCACAACACUGUGAAGGCUCUCUUCAAGGCAUUAAAUGCGAUUGAAACUCCCAAAGAUGUUUAGGAAAAGUUUGGCCGAACUGUGGUUGAAUCAUAUCUACUGUGAUAGCUCAACCUUUGUAACAUAAACAAUAUUAUCUGUGGAUAGAUUAAUCUCUUGAGCAUUUGGGAUGGCCAAGCUGAUAUUUUCUGAAUCGAGGUUACUUAAUAGGGAAAACAAACGAUGCAGUGCCAGUGGCAAAAAGAUGCUGAAAGGAGAACCACUUUGCUUUUCUUUUUGAAAUGUGGAAUCAAAAUUGCUGAAAUUGAGGAGCAUAAUCAAUAAAAUGCUUUUAGUUUUGCAUAGUGAACUAUUCAUACCAAAAUUAUUUUUCUUGAUGCAGUUGCAUAUUUUAGUUGAUUAUGGUUUUAGGCUUAUGCUCUUUCUCUCUCUCAUGAAUUGUGUUGAGGAUAGGAAAUACCGUUGAUAUGAGCACUUAAUUUGUAAGAUUUAGAUUCCAUUCCACAGCUUCACUUGGUGUAGUUUUGUACCAGCUCUUUUAAAUAUGUAUUUUUCCUUCAAAUUAU